AUGCAGAACAAGCUUCAACAUUUGGUGGGACAGCAGCUUGAUGUUCUGGAGAAUCUACCGCCCAAGGUCAGGAAGUGUGUCGAGGUUCUUAGAGGGAUCCAGCUAGCAAAUACAGAAAGUGAGGAGACAGAACUUAGUAGUUCCAAUGGAGAGGAGUCAUCUUGGAUCUCUUGGUGUUGUGGGCUUAAAGGAAAUGAGCUCCUUUGUGAAGUUGAUGAAGACUAUAUACAGGAUGAUUUCAACUUGUGUGCACUUCAAGGACAAGUUCCUUAUUAUGACCAAACCCUGUUCCUUGCAUUAGGAAUCUUUUUAUCUUUGGGAAAACAUUUUACAGGUGAGAGUGAGAUUGAAUCUGCAGUAGAGUUAUUAUAUGGCCUCAUACAUGCCUGCUAUAUCUUAACCAGUAAAGGAUUAAAUGCUAUGCAUGAGAAAUACAAGAGGGUGGAUGUUGGACGGAGCCCUCGGAUUGUUUGUGCCGGGCAGCCAUACUUGCCUGUUGGCACAUCGGAUAUUCCUUGUAAUGGCUCUGUGAAGAUCUGUACUUACCUAGGUGCAAAUAUCAAGGAAUUACUUUUUGAUGGACAAAUUUGGCAUCACUAA